AUGCGGGAUGGAAGGAGCGAAGAAGAAGCAACUCUCGUGUGCCACACCCGCCCUUCAUCUGCUCAAGAGAUACGCGAAGUGUGUUCACGUCUGCGUUGGUACCUUUGCGAGGCGCUGGGAAUUAAAGACUUUGGGGACGACACUGGCUGUUCUAGCACAGCCCCUUCGCUGAAGGAAACCUUCGAUGAGAUCUCCGCUUGGCUAGACCUACCAGAAAACUCCGAAGAGCUGCUCUUUAUCAAGAUCGAGGACUACACUGGAGACAACGUGGGUAUUAUUGUUGUGCUUUGCGCUGUGUGUUGCUUUCGUUUGUUGAGCGUGUCGGUCAGCCUGUUGCCUGACUACAUCACGACAGUGUUCGGAACGAAGAGUGUUUUCGGACCUUUGGACUUCAUCGAGUGGAACAGAAUCAGUGAGACCGAGCAAUGGCCGACCACGGAGUACCUCGUGUCCCAGGGCAAGAGGCUGGUCUUUGGCACGAACGGCCAGGAGGAUGCCGAUUCGAUGUUCAGGAAAAGUCGAGAAAACGACGCAGACGGACUCUUCCACGAGUUACACAUGACGCCUUGGCGACAAGCGGGAACUUUCGCAAAGCGAGGAAGACAGGAUAUCACAUCUGCGAUUCGGUUCAGGACCUCCGCCCCUUGCUCGACUAGGACUCGGAGCCCAUCGUGGUCUCGCGUGCAGUGA